GUAACCCCACCCAGUGCUGUCAAUUUGACGUAUGGUGGUCUUGAAAUGUCGGCUAGAGAGAAACAUCUAGGAGAUUUCAUGUGCAGAUUAGACAUUUCCAGCCACAUGAAUGGAUUUAUACUAGUAUAGCAAUAUCGAAGGAUAUAUAGAGUGUAUCUUGGGUGGUUGCUGGGUGUUGAUAAACCCAGGGAAUUUUUUUAAGGGUCCAGUUUGUGUUGCGACACCGACCAAACAAAAUUACGUCCUUUUCGUACAUUAUGGGAUGUUUUAAGCCGAAGGGAGGACCUGACGGCGAGGAUGACAAGAAGGCCAAGGAGGCAAAUAAAAGAAUUGAAAAGCUUUUGGCCAAAGAUAAGCAGGUUUACAAAGCAACCCAUCGUUUGCUUUUGCUAGGUGCCGGGGAAUCUGGAAAGUCAACAAUCGUAAAACAGAUGAGAAUAUUGCAUGUGAAUGGAUUCGGACCAGAUGAACGAAAGCAAAAGAUAGAGGAUAUUAAAAAGAAUAUCAGAGAUGCAAUUUUGUCAAUAGUGGGGGCCAUGGCCAGUCUUAAUCCACCUGUCCUUUUGGAAAAUCCAGAUAAUCAGUUCCGUGUGGAUUACAUGUUGAACGUAGCAAGCCAGCAAGACUUUGACUACCCAGCAGAGUUCUAUGAGCACACAGAGAUAUUGUGGAGUGACAAAGGAGUCCAAGCAUGCUAUGAGAGAUCCAACGAGUACCAGCUAAUUGACUGUGCCCAGUAUUUUCUAGACAGAGUCCAUAUAGUUAAACAGAGUGAUUACACACCCUCAGAGCAGGAUAUACUGCGGUGUCGAGUAUUAACAUCAGGAAUAUUUGAAACAAAAUUUACAGUUGACAAAGUUAAUUUUCACAUGUUUGAUGUUGGUGGUCAGAGGGAUGAACGAAGAAAAUGGAUUCAGUGUUUUAAUGAUGUGACAGCCAUUAUUUUUGUAACCGCCUGUAGUAGUUACAACCUUGUCUUACGAGAGGACCCAAGCCAAAACAGAUUGAAAGAGUCUCUCGUCCUUUUCCACAGUAUUUGGAACAACAGGUGGCUACGGAUUAUUUCUAUAAUUUUAUUCUUAAAUAAACAAGAUCUUCUAGCAGAAAAGGUUAAAGCUGGGAAAUCAAAAAUCGAAGAUUAUUUUCCAGAGUACAAGCGGUACCAAAUACCUCCAGAUGCUGUGUUAGAACAAGGAGAAGACCCAGAAGUAGCAAGAGCCAAAUAUUUCAUUCGGGAUGAAUUUCUGCGAAUAAGCACAGCCAGUGGUGAUGGAAAACAUUACUGCUAUCCCCAUUUCACAUGUGCUGUAGACACAGAAAACAUUCGGAGAGUUUUCAAUGACUGUCGAGACAUCAUUCAAAGGAUGCACCUGAGGCAGUAUGAACUCCUGUGAUCGCAAUUUAUUUUUGACUACGUGGCCUGUUAGCGGGCUUCAAGUCAAUCAUCUAAUACUGUACACUCAAAGGGUGAAGGAUCUAACCUGUGUUUACAUGUGUAUGUGAUGAGAAAUUCAUACACUGAAACAUGCAGAGGAUUCAGAAGCAGAAUCACAAGUUUAGAAAUGGGUAAUUCAUACUGAAUUCACCACCACUGAUAGGCCACGCUGACCUCAUGUUCUCAGUACAUUAAGUGCUUCAUUGUGGGAGUUUGGGAUAACAUCACCUCUCCUGUGUGUUGGAACUUCACUCCGUUGUCAUGUGACUUGGCAGAAAUAGAGAUGACAGUAUUUCAUAUCAUCACCUGAUCUGUUUUAGGUUGUCUCACAGGAAUAACACACAGUCCCUCAGUAUUUAAUCAAUUCUAGUUUUUGUUGGUUUUGUUUGUUUUUUGUUUUUGUUUGUUUUUUUUUUUGUUUUUUUUUUGUGUUUUUUCUCUCCCUUUGUUUGUUUGUCUUUUAGGGUUCUCUUUUUUCUUUUUUUUUUUCUUUCUUUUUUUUACUAUCAUCUAGGUUUUUGUAUGUUCUUAGUAAAACCCAUAAAAGGCCCACAAAAAUUGUAUUAUAGCCUUUGAGUCAUGUGCAUACCUUCUGUUUUUCAUAUUGAUCAAUAUUUAUACCAGUUCUAUUUUUCAUCUGUGUCUAUCGGUAACCUUUAGGUGGUAAUACCUUGAGGUACAAGAAAGUUGGUACAUAUUUUUUUUCUGUGAUUGUACUACAGAAGUUGACAUGUAGGGCAGUUUCAUCUUUGAUGUUGCCUUAUUUAUUUUCAGUUUUCUCAUGUAAACAAACUUCUAUAAACAAUUGUUUUCCCCUUCAGUUUAGUAGCUUUAUUUAUUGUAAUGUGAAAAACUGCCUUCCCAAGAUAAUGAAGCUCAUUUGCUGAUUAGAAAACUUGUGACUGUAUAAGUGAAUCAACAGCACUACAACUAGUGGUAUUGAGACAUUGUAAUUGUUCAACUGACUAGCAAAGGGUCAUGUGAUAUAUGUUAAAUGUUUUCAACACUUGUCUUCAUUGAAUUGUAAUGAUGCAGUGGGUCACAGGAGGUGUGGAUUGGACAGGGACAGGAACAUGACAGGAGAAGAAUCAUGCUUGCUCACUUUUGUUAAUGCUUGUUAUGCAGCUCAAAAGCCAAGAGAUGGGAACUAGGAUUGAUUAUGCAACAGCAGGAGAGAGAUGGGUAAUGAAGCUGUAUUUUUUAUGUAGAAUGCCUUAUGACGGAUUGAUUUCUGAGCCUGGCGUUUCCUGUGAUUUCAGUUGGCUGCUUGUUGCAAUUUUAUUAGGUUGUUACUAUGUCAGUUGGGGCUUGUUUGUUUUCUCUUGUUUCUGUGCAUUCAUAUUUUAUACAGUUUUUACAAAUUCUCUUGACGAGAAUUCAGCUAAAAUGAUUUUGUCAAUCUGUAUGGAAUUUUUUUUGGCAUAUUUAUUUAUUGAUUUAAUAACAGUAUUCUGGUAUAUAUUUGUCAUCCAUAUUGAGAGGCAAACCAACCAUUGUUUUAUGCCAGAAUGAUCUUAAUAAAAUAAUAUGGAUCCAUACAAUCUUUAAAAACAUGUGACAAAUCUGUAGUGCUGUUUUAACAUUUCAAGCCUCAUACUGACAUAGAUUAUUUUCAAUCAUUUUCAUCCAUGUUGAUUUGAUGCUUGUAUGAAAUAUGUAAAAAGUGUACACAAUGUCAUUUGCAUGAUUAAUGAUUUUUUAUAUAUAAAUAUAUAUAAAUAUAUAUUAUUUUUUUCUGUUCAAAGCUUCUAUAUUGAAUGUGAUGACUGGAUGGUGGUUGGUUGGUGUUUGUGGGGAGAAUGUGUUUUGUCCGUAGCUAUGUUCUGCUCCACAAUUGUUGGAUCAUAUCUAUAAAUACUUGAAAAUCCAUCCACAACCCAUCAUGAUAGUUUCUAUGGCAAUGUGAUAAUAAAUAAAUGUGUAGAGAAGGGUAUGUGUGCAUUUUUAUUUUUAUUUUUUUUAAGAUGGCAUUUCUUCUUGUAGUGGAGAUUAACAAUAUAUUCCAAGAAUAAACAUCAUGUUUUUGGGAUUGCUUUCUAUUAUUUCAGAAAUUCCUUUUUGAUAGGUAUACAGUUUCAUGACAUUUUAUUGCCAUAGACCAAAUUUCAGGUUGUAGAGAUUAAUUUCCAAAUCAAGAAGCCCAUUAUCUUCGUCAGUAUGUGGAAUUUGAAUAUUUUUAGAUAAUCCACAUCAUUUUAAAGUAUUGUAACAAUAGUUGGUCAACUGUAUUCUUAAACUGACUUUUAAAGUGAACAUAAUCUCUUCAGAUAUUUCUGUACUGCAGCUAACAUAUUUAGGCUAAUUUCAGGUUUUGUACCAUGUUAUUUUAUUCAUUAGAUCAAAUAUUAAGUUGAUUUUAAUAAGUUUGGUAUUUGUGUACAGUAUGUAGUUGUGGCCAUGCCUUGUUACACCAGUAUAAUAUAUAUCUGUUUUUAAGUAUUCUAUGCUUGAACAGGGAGGCAGGAAAUUUUGUCGUAAGGAAUUUUAACAGACCAUUUACAAGAGAAAUGAAUGGUCUGAUUUUAACAGACCCAGUAUAGAACUGGCAGGUAGCCUGAUAGAAUUGGCAGGUAGCCUGGUUUUAUGAAAGUUUACCAUGUUUUUUAAAAAGAAAAUUCAGUGUGUAUUUGGUUAAACAAUGUUGGAUAGCUCUGUGUGACAAAGUUUGCUGCUACUACUGAUUCAAGCAGUGUAUUGGAUCUUCUAAACUUUUGGACACUUGCUGCAGUAGUGAACUGAGUGGAUAGAGCAGAUGCUGUAUGUAUGAAAGGUUAUUCCAUUACUUAUGUAAAAUAGAGAGCUGGAGAAUUUUGUAGAAAAAGUGAAUUAUUACAAAAGUGGAAAAUCUUUGUAAUGAUUUCAUCUGUGACACCUAUAAAAGAUUUAAAUUAU